UUUUGUUUUGCACGGUGCACGUGCUUCUAUUAUAAACAACAUGGCCGACACAGACGAAGUAGUUUUGGAUAAGAUUGAGGAGCCUACUAAUGACGCUGCUUCUGCUCAAAAAAAGAAGAAGAAAAAGAAGAAGAAAAAAGCUGCUACUACAGAUGAACAUGUAGAAAAUGGUACAAAUGAGGAGAAUGAGGAGAAUGAAAAACCUGAGGUAAAACAAAAUGGUGAUAUCAGUGGUGGUGAUGAUAAUGCAGAUCCUAAAGAAAAUACAGAAGAGGGCAAUGCAACAAAAAAGAAGAAAAAGAAAAAGAAGAAACCUGCGAACAAAGAAAAUACUAGUAGUACAAAUGGAAUACCAAAACAAACAGAUCCACCCACUGUCCCUGUUACAGCACUUUUUCCAAAUGAGGAUUAUCCUGUUGGAGAAAUUCAAAAUUACAAGGAUGAUAACUUAUGGCGCGUGACCAAUGAAGAGAAAAGAGCUCUGGAUAGAGCACAUCUUGAAACAUACAAAGAAGCAAGAUUGGCUGCUGAGGCGCACAGAGAGGUGCGAAAGUAUGUUCGAGGGUUCAUAAAACCUGGAAUGAAAAUGAUAGACAUCUGUGAAAAACUUGAAGCUGCAAGCAGAGCGUUAAUAAAUGAGAAAGGACUUGAAGCAGGUCUCGCUUUCCCAACUGGUUGCUCCAUCAAUCACUGUGCUGCUCACUACACACCAAAUGCUGGUGACGAAACUGUGCUACAGUAUGAUGACGUAUGCAAAAUAGAUUAUGGAACUCACAUCAAUGGACGAAUUAUCGACUGCGCAUUCACUGUGGCAUUCAAUCCGAAAUAUGAUAACCUUUUGAAAGCUGUAAAAGACGCUACAAACACUGGUAUAAAAGAAUCUGGUAUAGAUGUUCGACUUUGUGACGUUGGUGAAGCUAUACAAGAAGUGAUGGAAUCUUAUGAAGUGGAACUUGACGGGAAAACAUACCAAGUGAAAGCAAUACGAAAUUUAAAUGGUCAUUCGAUUGGACCUUAUCAGAUUCAUUCUGGCAAAACAGUUCCCAUCGUGAAGGGUGGUGAAGCUACUCGUAUGGAAGAGGAUGAGUUCUACGCCAUUGAAACAUUUGGAAGCACUGGUAAGGGUGUGGUGCAUGAUGAUAUGGAAUGCUCACACUACAUGAAGAACUAUGAUGUCGGUCAUAUCCCGCUAAGGUUAAGUCGAGCGAAACAGUUAUUGAAUGUGAUCAAUGAAAAUUUUGGAACUUUAGCGUUUUGCCGCAGAUGGCUAGAUAGACUGGGUCAGACCAAAUAUUUGAUGGGUUUACGUAAUCUGGUUGACGCUGGAAUCGUUGAUGCGUAUCCACCGCUGUGCGAUAUAAAAGGUUGUUACACUGCACAGUUUGAACACACGCUUGUGUUGAGACCAACUUGUAAAGAAGUGAUCAGUAGAGGGGAAGAUUUUUAGAAGUUUCAUGGUUGCGUUAUUUAAGAAAACUAGUGGUUUUAUUCCAAUAAAUUGAAGUUUGCAGUGUGGCCGCUAUCCCUGUAAAAAAGAGGACUGCGAUUGUAGCGUAUAUCUUAUUCGUACGAAUGUUAGCGCGUAUUUAUUUUCGCGCUUUAAAAAUAAUCUGUUUCGUAAGGUUUGAUUUUUGCGCUAUAACAAUAUGGAUCUCUAUCAGGUGUGUUUAUUUUCGCGCAAGUUACAAAAACAUCACAAACAUUAAAGAUAAAACAGGGUUUUAAAAUAUAAAUACGUUUCUUUUGUUUAUAAAAAAUUAUAUUGAUUCUGAAGAAACGCUUAAUUUCGGAAAAUUAGUAAACUAACCAACUUAGUCUUCGCGCGUAAAAGUUAGAUCAAAGGUAGUACAUAGACUUUUUCAAAAUGGCGGAAUUGUCGCGCUGUUGUUUUAUUGUUUUAUUAUGUAAAACACUUUGAAGAAUAUUUAUAUCCAACUAAUUGACUUUA